AUGUUUAUGUCCUUGAUAUCGGCAAGACAAUCUUGUGAUCAGUGGAUUUUUAUCGCAGUUUUAACUUUGUAACGUCGUUUUAGAAGGUGUUUUAAGCUAUUGUUGUUGUUAUUAGUGGUACUAGAGGAUGUGAAGCCUGGAGCUGCUCCAUGAAGAGCGGGCGAGAGGCUGAGCAGUGACCCGGACAGCGUGUCACCGUUUGGUACAGCGGUUAUGUAAAAGCAGCCUCUUACAUCACCUGUGAGCAGGCCAUGACUCCCUGUCGGUGCCGUCGACACUCCCCAGCCCACACCGCCCCCCUGCCCUGCUGGACUGGAACAUGAACUGUAACUUUUGACCUCUUCUGGUUUGUCAGUAGUCUGUCGUCGGCCGCCAUGGACCUCACAGCUGUAGCAGCGUUUAUAUUCGCCUUUAUGUUUCCGUCCUGUCACACAUCGGACCCGGGGCCAACGGAGACAACACUGGGCCGUUCAUUCAUCGCCGCUGUGUAUGAGCACCGUGUGAUCCUGAACCCGGAGCCCCACGUGGCCCUGGCCCGCCCCGCGGCCCUGCAGCACCUGCACGCCAACCUGGACGAGUACGAGCGGCAGGCGGCCCGGGCGGCCCGGCAGGGCGUCCAGAUCCUGGUGUUUCCAGAAGAUGGUCUUCAGGGUUUCAACUUCAGCCGCUCAUCCAUCGCUGGCUACUUAGAGACGAUCCCCGACCCGCAGCAGGAGAGCUGGAACCCCUGCACAGAGCCGGGCAGACACAACAACACCGAGGUUCUCCAGCGGCUGAGCUGCAUGGCACGUCGUCACGGCCUCUACCUGGUGGCCAACAUGGCCGACCUGCAGCCCUGCCCCCUGACCUCUGACCCCUCAUCCUCCUGCCCCUCUGACGGACACUGGCAGUUCAACACCAAUGUGGUCUUCAGCUCAGACGGCCUGCUUGUGGCACGCUACCAUAAACACAACCUUUACUUUGAGAAGGCCUUCGACAAGCCGCCACACCCUGAGAUCAUAACGUUCGACACACCCUUUGCUGGGAGGUUUGGAGUCCUCACCUGCUUCGAUUUGCUGUUCCACGAGCCCACAGUCACCCUGGUGAAGAGGGGUGUGCGCCAGCUGGUCUACCCCACAGGCUGGAUGAAUCAGCUCCCACUGAUGGCAGCCGUUCAGUUCCAGAGGGCGUUCAGCCUGGGCGCCAAUGUCUCCAUACUAGCGGCCAACAUUCGCAGCGACCCGCUGGGCAUGACAGGCAGCGGGAUCUUCAGCCCUAUGUCUGGCCUCCACCACCAUGCUAGGCAAGGAGACGCAGAGGAGGGCAGGCUGCUGGUGGCCACAGUGCCUGUCUUAGAUCCACUGUGGACAGGGGAGGAGGUGGAGAAACAGGCAGCGCCACAGUCAGGGGAGAGAAAUAGAGAGACUAUGGAGGAGGUCAGAGGUGAGUCCUGCUCAUCUCGGCCUGUGGACUCUGGAUUCUGCCUCAAGGAGGAGAGAUACGUGGAUUCUCCUCCCCCUGGUGCCUCUGCUCCCUCACCGCCUCCCUCCCCUGCCACCUUCACCUCAUCCAUGAUGUAUGACCCCUUCACAUUUGCCCUGCUACACGGCACAGAGGGCGAGCUGAGCGUGUGUGACGGCCCGCUCUGCUGCCACCUGCAGUACCGACAGUCUCUGCAGAGUAGCAGCACAGAGCUCUAUGCACUGGGGGCGUUCGCUGGCACACACACUGUCAACGGACGCUACGCCCUGCAGGUGUGUGCACUGGUCCGCUGUGCCGGGUCAGAGGCCAGUUCCUGUGGACAGGAAGUGGAGGAGGCUGAGACAAAAAUGGACUUCCUGCUGGAGGGGACGUUUGGGACACCAUAUGUGUACCCGUCGGUGCUGGCCAGCGGUCUGGUCCUGGAGCAGCCGGAGCGUCUGGAGAGGACCGCAGAUGGUGGGAUGGCACUGAGACACUCCAACAUGUCAGCAGGACUGGUCACUGCCUGUCUGUAUGGCCGCAUGUACCACCUGGACCUCGACUGAGCUGGGUCUGCAACUGUGUGUGUGUGUGUGUGUGUGUGUGUGUGUGUGUGUGUGUGUGUGUGUGUGUGUGUGUGUGUGUGUGUGUGUGUGUGUGUGUGUGUGUGUGUGUGUGUGUGUGUUAAAUAGUGUUCAGACAAGCGAACUGGCAUGGUCUACUCAAAAGUCUUUAAAGUGUGAUGGGUGCCAACCCAAAAAGUACAAAAAUAGCAAAUGAAGUUAAGUUUGUAUCACCUUUUCAUGGCUAUACCACUGUGAAAGUGAUAUAAAUGUAUAUGUCACUGCUGACUACUUCAUUCACUAUUUUUCUGUUAUAGUGAAUCAGGCGAGAGAUUUCAAAAAGGAGUAAGUGCAUUCUGAGUGUAUGAUUGAGAUUUAGACUAAGCUUGUAAGUUUCUGGCUUAUUUUCUAUCUCAAAGCAAUAUUUCAUUUGGAGACGACCUGACCUCAGUAUAACUGUCUGUGAAUUAAAUAAUAACAUACAUUUUCAUGUGAUGACAUUUGUAUGUCAUCAUUUGACCUCUGUAACAGAACACAAGUAAAUCAAAAAGAAAUAACUUUAUUUAUUCAUUACUCAGUCUUUAUCAACAUUGCACUAAGGAGGAGUUCAUCCUCUGCUCAAAAGUUACUUGUUCCUAAAAAGGCAAUGUUGCUCCAUUUCUCACAUGCAUACUCCUCUCUCUCUCUCUCUCUCUCUCUCUCUCUCUCUCACACACACACACACACAGUGUCAGCCACUUUUUACUGUCUCCAGUACAGUACACAGACAAUUACUACAGCUGCAAGUU